CAAUAACCCAUUAAAGUUUCAUUGUUUUUAACACUCACUUAGUCUACGAUCAACUAUUUUCUCUGGAGAAUUUCAUACAGUAUACAUUCAUGCAUCAAGAUGACAGUCCAAACAGUGACUGAAAAUCUGCAUGGAAUGCCUGACACUUCUGACUAUUAUGAUUACGAUAAUCAAACCAGUGGUAGCUAUGGUGACGACAUCUGUAUCAAGAAAAAUGCUAUCCAGUUUGGGAAAGCUGUCACUCCAAUCAUUUUCAUCAUCGUUGUUCUGUUCAGCUGUGUGGGAAACACAUUGGUCUUGUGGGUCCUUGUGAAGUAUGAAAAUCUGAAAUCCCUCACCAACACGUUUCUGUUAAAUCUGGCUCUCUCUGAUCUGAUUUUCACCUUUGGCCUGCCUUUCUGGGCCUACUACUACAUGCAUGGCUGGACUCUUGGAGAUCCUGCUUGCAAAGCAGUUAACUUUGUGUUCUACACCGGAUAUUACAGCAGCAUCAUCUUCCUGACGGUUCUGACCGUCCACCGCUACAUGGCCGUGGUUCAUCCCAUGUCAGUUGUCAUGUCUAGGAAGAGCCUGCACUGCUAUGCAACAUCAAUUGUCAUCUGGAUCAUCAGUUUUUGUGCUGCCAUCCCACAAGCCAGGUUCAACUCAGUUGUAUCAAGCUCUGUUGAUGAAUUCAUAGAUGCCUCAAACAACAGCACCAAUAUAGUCCUGCUCUGUGAUUUUGAUGGUGAAAUUAAUUGGAAACUCAUGAGUACAUAUAUGCAAAAUUCCUUUUUCAUUAUCGCUUUUGUGGUCAUUGCUUUUUGCUACACUGUGAUUUUGGGGCGACUGCUUCGACCAACAUCUCACACUCGUAGAAAGACGGUGCAGCUCAUCCUCUUCAUUGUGGUGUUUUUUUUCUUGGGAUGGGGGCCGUACAAUGUGGCCAUAUUUCUGGACUCUCUGAUUUCAUGGAAAAUUAGUCCUUUUAGCGAUUGUAAUACGAGUGAAUCUUUAGACUAUUUGAUAUACGUCUCUCGGAUGGUGGCUUUCUCACACUGCUGCCUGAAUCCUGUGUUUUAUGUUUUUAUGGGGAUAAAAUUUAGAAACCACUUAAAGAAAAUGUUACAGACUUUCUGUAGGAGCAACACAGAGCCUCAGAAUCGACACAGCAGGCUUAUUUACUCCAAUGGUGAAGAAAUAUCUAUGUAUUAGCUCCCCAUGCUUAACAAAAGCAAUGCAUGUACAGUACUGAUCAUCAACAAAAUGAAUGUAAAGUAAAAUGUCUGUACUGAAAUCGAAUGUAAAAAGCUCUAAAAAUAUGUGAUGCAAUCUUAUGGGAAGUAGUUAGGCACAUUUACUGUGUUAAACUGAUUUGCAUUAUAUAUUUGCUUUCUUUUAUACAUCAUAUUUGAUGCUACAAAUGAUGAACAAAUAAACUGGUGUGUAUAUACAGUAGUGAACAUGUUAGCUUGCAUUUGUUAACUUUGAUGACAUGUUUUUCACAUGUAAUAUAUAUAUAUAUAUAUAUAUAUAUAUAUAUAUACAUUUGAUGAGCAAAACAUCUUUGCAUCUAUGCAUUUCACAUUAUGUGCUACUAAAAGUGAAACAUUUUUC